AUGGUAAAAGCGGAUGUCCGAAGGGAUUAUUAUGCGGACUUAGGUCUUGCGCCCUGUGCAGACGCCGAAGAUAUCAAGAAGCAGUUUAGAAAACUAGCGCUCAAAUAUCAUCCGGAUCGGAAUCCCGGCAAAGAAGUGGAAUUUAUUGCCAAGUUUCAGGCCAUCCAAGCAGCAAACGAGAUCCUUAGUGACCCUCAACAACGGCUGAGGUACGAUACGGAUCGCUUACGUGCUGGAUACGGGAAAUACUAUGGGCCCCCCAAGUCCAAUUCUCCUCGAAAACCUCCUACCAAAAAUUAUCCCUCGUCGCCUUCUGCCAAACCUCCACCCGCGAAACCAUCGUUUUCGUCGAGACCCCAGUCGUUCCAUAGUGGACCCUCUUCCGGUGCCCAGCGAUAUGCGAGUUAUGCGCGAGCGGCCCCCAAGCAACCGUGGGAGAAGAUGCAUGAUGAGGGACAAACGCGGGCGGAUGCAUAUCGCGGAUUCCAGGACAUGAAGGGGAGCCACAAUUCUGGAUGGUCCCAGUUUGAUCCUCGCACCGGGCGCUCAGGAUAUCCAGGUUCUACGUCCCGGCCCAAUGCCUCGUCUGCUGGACAAUCGACAAGACCGAAGUCAGCGUAUGAAUACUUCAAGUCAUCUCCUAAGCCAACUAGCUCAGAUUCCACCCGUGGAAAUUCUACAAAGAAGAAACAAGGGUUUGCCCCACGGGAUGCUGGUGGUGAUGAGCCUAUGGCUUCAAACAAUUCUUCUUAUUCAAACGUUCCCCGAAGCGAACGCCCCCAGGUGAGAGACUUCUUUGGACCUGCUCCCUCCCCGACGGCGAGAAAAGCUGCAGCGGGCUUCCAAGACCGAGAGGAAAAUUCAAAAACUCCGGAAUUUGAGAGAACAGGUAGCAAAUACGCUGGUACUGGAGGAGAAAGGACAUUCUUCUCAAGUGCUUGGCUUGGACGCUCUGCAAGUAUGCGUGAAUCACCUGGAAGUCCCAAGGCGCGAACAAAUCCACCAAGCCCGACUCCUCCAGAUUACGGUAGGCAUCGGAGCGCGAGCCCCAAAUUUAAAACUGACCAUAAUCGAAACUAUUCCUCUACAAGUUCAAGUGAGAUCGACGAUGAGGAUGUCCAACCAGAGCAUAAGCCCAAGGCGGUCCCGAAGAGCAGACUUCGACCUCAUCAGAAAUUUGGCGACUUUCACACUCAGGAUAAACGGGACCCUGGAAUAGGUCACGAUUCUGACACCGCUUCUUCGGCCCAAACCAUGUUUGGUGCUUCUAACGCGGAAGAUCCCUUCGUAUUUUCGCAAGCCCCUAAAUCACGAGAUAUUCCAUCAAAUGGGACCUUCAAGAGUAGCAGCCAUGAAAAUCUGCAGAAGCCGUUUUCAGCAAAUAGUUGGAAUACAUUCGACUUCUUUACGCCAUCAUCGUCGGACAAAGACCAACCGAAGCAUGGUUUGAAUAAUCGCGGACGUACCACGGCUAGAAACAGCGCUAGCCACUCUGCGAGCACGUCUCAUCACGACUCCUCCCGAUCUGGUUCGACGGCACAACAACAGCCUACAUCGUUUCCCGAGAGAAACUUCUCCGCGGAUGAUUGGUGUGAUAAGUUCAAGGACUUACGAUGGGCCAUGCCUGAUGUCAACGGGCACCAACAACAACAAUCAGGAAAUACCCAGCGUCCGCGGAGUCCUCGCAAACAAACUCGGGUCGGAACCAAGGCGCGAGCUACACCGCAACCAGCCAGCGUUGCAACUGAGGCUGAGGAGGCCAAAGCAACGACUGGCGGAGAUGAUGACAAGCAGGACUCAGGUCAAGCGGAUGGGGAAGCCAUGGAUCUCGACGAUGACACCCCUGCAAAAGAGGCAACCGCGGAACCGGAAAAAGUAGCCAAAGGUCCGGGCAAAGAUGUGCCUCAGCCAAAGUCCAGGCCGCCUUCAAGUGGUAAUGAUGUAAAAACGGAAGAUAUGAAAUCCAAAAGCCAGCACUUUGACCUCAAAAAUCUGGGCAAGACAGCGCCGUUUGCAAGCACCACAAAUGGUGGCAUUGAAGAUUUGCGAGACAUUCAUGCGCACCUUCCAUUCGAAUCCCGAGCCAAGGUUCAGAGGACGACAAUGCGCGAUAUACGCCCCCGGGAACUGAUCUGCCCUAACCCGCCCAAACGGCCACAGCCGCCGCAACAUGUGCCAAUCAGCGCCGGCUCCCAACAGCUAGGGCUGCCUCGGAAAGCGUGGGACCGAUACGUGGCGGAGAUGAAUACCUAUAUGCGUGAAUGGAAUUCGUUUAACCGACGCAUGAUACAUCAUUUCAAUGCACGCCAGGAAGCCGUCGAGACUGGAAUGGCAGCGAAUUGGAUAAAUGCUGUUGGUGAUUCGGCUCGUCUUAAGAUCAACGGUCAGAGUGAUGAAGCUGAUAAAGGAGGUGAUAGCAAUGAUAGCGAUGAUGAUAUGGUGCCCGGCAGCGGUAAGGGCGGCUACAGUGCGUAUCUACGCGGACUAGAUGAAGACUCGAAGGUGAUGAAACAUUGGGAAGUGGCGCGGGAGAUGCACCGGGACUGCAUACUGAAACUUGGGCAGACACGGCAGUGGAUAUUGAAUGGAGGGAAAGUCAUUUGA